AUACAAUACCGGUAGACUACCCGUGUCAUAGCCGCACUGUAUCAUAUUUACGGUCUACGUUGUUCUACCACUACAGGAAUAACACCUCCUUAGUAGUUCCAUCUCCCCCACACUUUCUUGCCCUCACUCCUCCCUCCUCCCUCGCCCCAGGGAAAGAAAAGGAACAAGAACCAAAAAAAAAACUCGCAUUUCUGGAAAUGCCAUCCUUCUAUCCUGACUCCCAAUCCGUCCAAUCAUCUUCCUUCUCCGCCACUUCCGUCAGCAUCACUGUCGCUCUUCUUUAAACGCCUGUCCUCUCCCCCAUCUCUACCUCGCUUCUCUUCAGGAGUCUUAAAAUAUUAUUUCGGCUAUUCCUAUUUAAUUUCCUGGAAUGCGGAGCUGUUCCGGCUUCCAUUCACGGUAGCCUCUACUCUUCCACUCACUCUCAAUAAUAAGCACUCCCACAAACAUCCACAAUGUCGACACCAGAAGUACUUUCCCCGACAUCUCCCACUUCCAUCAACAUGGCUGCUGGCCCUCUUCCUCAUUUGCGCACUCGAACAAACCCCACCGCUGUUGAUCAGGAUGGCAGUUUCCAGAUGGACAGGGUGAUCAAGAGCGGUUGGCUACUGAAGAGGACACGCAAGACAAAGGUACGGCGAUCCACUUGUUUCGAUCUUUAGCUCGUGGCCACGGUACUAACAAUUUUAACGAUUCGGUCGCACAGAACUGGAAACGCCGCUGGUUUGUCCUUCGCGGUGAUCGCCUUUCGUGUUACAAGGAUCAAAAAGAAUACAAAAUUCACCGCCAAAUCUAUCUUGCCGAGCUCACCGCGGUUGCUGUGCUCAAGGAUGCCAAAAGACCGAACGUCUUUGGACUCUUCUCGCCAUCCAGAAAUCACCACUUCCAGGGCGAAUCGGCGAGGGAUACGGCGGAAUGGGUGCAGUCGAUCAAAGGCCUUGCUAGUAUCGUGGAAAGUGAGGACGAAUUAUUCCUCAACUCCCCGACACAGCUGCAUGACCCCGCGAACCCCCUUUCUAGCCCUACCGCUCAUGGCCCUAAUCUGAGAUUGGGGUCUAGCUCUCCAGAGUUUGGUUCGAAUUCGGGGGCUGUCCAGAUUAGAGGAAUGGGAGGAGGUGGAAUUUCGACACAAACAUUGGAAUACUCAGGGGCAGAGGUUGGAUCUUUCUCAUCGGUGUCGGACGGUGCUAGGAUUUCGCAACUGUCGCUUUCACACCCUGAUCCAGGGAUUGGUCCGGGCUCAGGAGCUGCAGGAGCUGCAACUGGUGCCGAGCCCCCCCAUCCUGGAGUUACGAGACAUGAGUCCGGAUUCUCUUCAGAUCACAUGGACGAUUCCAGAGUGGUCUGGCACGGAUAUCUCUAUUGUCUAAAGUCUAAGGGAGGUGUAAAGCAAUGGAAGAGAUAUUGGGUCGUUCUGAGAACUGUCCAUCUGGCUUUCUACAAGAACGAAGAGGUAGGCACCGCCCAAUCAUGAUUUAAACUUCGGGUCGUUAAUUCGGUGCAGGAGUACCGAGCCAUCAAAAUAAUUCACCUCGAUUCAGUCGUCGAUGCCGUGGAGAUCGACCCCCUUUCGAAAUCUAAGAAGCAUUGUUUGCAAGUUAUCACCGAAGGAAAGUCUUUACGGUUCGCAGCAGCAGAUGAAGAGUCAUUGGCCAAAUGGCUCGGCGCACUGAAGAGCACGCUCACCAAACGAGCAAUGAUGAAGACUGCUGCAGCCACUGGUCCUACAACAGCGAAUCCUGCCCCCUCUUCUGGGGUUUCCCAGCAGCAUUAAUAUGAUCGAUCACCCUAGCGCCUUCACUUCGCCCCGUCGCACACCUAAUGAAUAAGCAGUAUUAAUGACAUGGGGCUCCUUUCUCUCGAUCUGUUGUUCUUAGUAGGUGCUUUCUCCAUCGAGACCGAGGCCACCCCUAUCUAUUUUUUUAUAUUUUUAUUAAAUACCCACAUAGCAUUUGAUUUAUCCUCGGCUGUACCUCGGGUAGCUGGGACCCUGAACUGUCUAUAUUCCAGUUUUCCAUAUCUUGCACUUCAUCAUAUCAGCCUCAGUGCCCGGGAAUGUCACUCCGUUCCUUUCGACAUUGGACUUCACUGACUGCUGUAUUCCGCAGCGGAUAGCACUGGCACCGACCGCACUCUCUUCCGGCUUUCAUUACAUAUAAUCUCUCUUUCCCCCUCCCUCAUUGGCUCGCUCGUAACUCUUUCUGUUGUGAAUCACUGCGUUUUUUGCAUUCCCGUUUGUGUUUGAAAUCAUACCCGAGUUUCCCUCACCUGUCCAUCGGGCAUUAUCAUUGCCAUCAUCUCACUUGUCUUUUUUUUUCUUUUUUUUUUCUUUUCCACCCUUUUUUUCCUUUCUCUCCGUUCUCAUUUUCAUCUGGCCCUUUCUUGCUCUCUUGUCUUUCUGGAUGGCGCUGUGGGAGCUGUAUUCUUGAUUAACCAGUUAAUCUUUCUUCACUCUUUCGUUCUUCCUAGCAGGGAGGUGUGUAUCAGGUAGGAGCACCCGAAGCUCCUUUCUCACUUUCUUUUUUUAAGUCCAGUUUUUUGUAUAGAAGUCGGUGAGGGAAGGGAGAUGGGGGGGAAAGGCGGGAAGGUCUUUUCUCUACAAUGGGUAAUUGAGUGGAUUGAUUGAUCGAUCGAAUAAUACCAUCCUUGGUCUUUUUUUUUCAAAUGGCUUUUUUUCUCAUCAUACUCUUUCUUGUUCCUUUGCCCCUUUUUCUUUUUCUCGCACUUGACUUGGAUUUUACCGUGCUUUCUAUCAGGGCAGAAAGGUGGAGAGUGGAGGACGGAGGCAUGCGGGGUGUUUACGGAACGGGAGGGGGAACCUCCUGACGCCCGAUGGUAAUCGAGGGAUGUAUCAAUGAAACUUAUUUCUGGUAAUUGUCAACAUGACUCUUGUCCAUUUUAUCGGCUAUUAUAUCGCCGGGGACUGCGAAGUGCUGUACCUUUCUCUCUCUCUCUUGUCCGAUGAAUUGAGAUUCCGAAGGAUAGAAAACAAAUACCCUCCUCGCCACGACAGCUAUUUUUGUAAUAUUAUCAUACCAAAUCAGAACCUCCGAGUGGCAUAAGCUCUAUACGCCCUCCAGGGCAGCUUCCAAUCCGGUCUUUGAAGGCGAUGGUCGAAGGGAUCAAAGUCAACGCUCUCUAGUCUUUCCAGGUAUAUCGCCGUGGGAACCGCCCGCAUAAAACCCGAAAACGCCACUCCCCUCGCCGCCGGCUCCUCCGUGACCAUUUUCCUCGCGGUGAUUAGAUGAUCGUUAGCAAGCGUCGCAAUCUCAAAUACCACUUCC